AAACGAUUGGAAACUGUAAACAUGACGACAAUCAUGCUGUAGCAUAUUUUACUAUGAUAUACAUCGCCCUAGAGACUAUUUUGUAAUGAAUUUAAACAUCGUUGUCACACCAUUGGUUUGUGAUCGCAAUGAGAGGAUCACCUAUGAUUCCACACCACCCUCCGAUGGACUAUGGUGUAAUCUACCACGAGAAGAUUAAUACCAAUGAGCAUCAUAAAGAUCGUGUGGGAUUCCAGCAAGGGGAAACCGAGGAAAGCGUGGAACUGGGCAAAGUCAGCUGCUAAAGAUGUAUUUAGUGGUGGUAAAGGCGAAGAAGGAAGUUUUCAAAAAGCCGGAAAGUUCGUCUUGUCCUCUAAGCUGUGGGAGCACUCCACUCCAUCCAAAACAUGCGAUGUACUCAUCACAUUUCCCAAAGGGACAGAGGACUACACGGUAAUGUGGCUGCUAUCGAGACUGCGAGCCAGAGUACCAGAUGUCGACGUCCAUGUCCGUCAAAUGGCACACUCACCAGUCUACGGUUUCUAUCUAACUUCCUCUUUUGAAGUCUUCCUUCAAAAAGCCGAGGAACUGGGACUAAAGAAAAAGUUACGCUCAGGUGGAAUCACGGAUUUUAAGUACGACGAACGAGAUAGUUUUGAAAAUUCAGAUGAUCCCACGGUGUUCUUUAAAUCUGGAGAGAGGCAGAGCAUGAUCUUGGAAAUGGUAAACGACCUAAGAGCCGUGGAGGGAGACGAGCUGGGAAAGAUUAAGCUUGUGGAGGGGCAGCAGAUCGUACCAAAGCUGCAGGCGGAGGGCGUUGUGGAGAAGAUGUUUCCUCUACAUAAUUCAGAUGAUCUAGCCAAACUUAGGAAAUCCUGGGUCUCUGCUUUCUUCAAGAAGCAACCUCUGGACGAUAUUUGCGAGUAUUUUGGUGUCAAAAUCGCCAUGUACUUCGCCUGGCUGGGAAUGUACACCAAGUGGUUGAUAGCACCCGCAGUUCUUGGUAUUAUAACCUUUAUCCUGUCCAACAGGGGUGAAGUUACACGAGACUGGUGCAUCCUGUUUUUCAACAUCUUCAACAUCGUGUGGGCUACGCUCUUUCUAGAAGCCUGGAAACGAAAGAGUGCUGAACUUGCGUACAAGUGGGGAACUAUGGACAUGCCAUCGGAUGCUCUCAAGGAACCAAGACCCCUUUUUAGGGGUGAUUUCCAACCAAGUGAAAUAACUGGACGUAUAGAAGCACACUAUCCUUCUUGGAAACGAAACAUCUUCCGCUACUGCGUAUCACUGCCAAUCAUUCUCACGUCUCUGGGCGUGGUACUGGUCACCAUGCUGUUGUGUUUUGAGUUUCAGAGGUGGGUGGACGGUAUGGAGAAUCCUCCUAAGCCACUGAAGUUUGCUCCAAAGAUCGCCCUGGCGGUCUGUAUUGGCAUGUUAGACGACAAUUAUAAGAAAGUGGCUUAUCAUUUGAACGAUAAAGAGAACUAUCGACUACAAGAGACAUAUGAAAACCACUUGAUUAUUAAGCUUGUCUCGUUCCAGUUCUUCAACGCCUUCUUGGCACUGUUCUACAUCGCCUUCUACCUCCGAGACAUGGACAGGCUUAAAACCCAACUUGCAGCGCUGCUCAUCACUAAACAAGUGGUUGGAAACGUCAAGGAAGCUUUGGUUCCAUUUGUGAAACAGAAGGUGAAGGAGUGGAAACUAAAGAAGGAGGAAGCUAAGGCGAAAAAGGAACUGGAACAAAAGGAAGGAAAAGAUAAGGGGGCAGCUGAUAAGAAGUCAGAUAAACCUAAGGAAUUGGACUCGCCACUGAUGAAUCAGGCUGAAAUCGAGAGUACCAUGGCAGAAUAUGAGGACACGUUCGAGGACUACUUGGAGAUGUUCAUACAGUUUGGCUAUGUGGUUCUGUUCUCUUCUGCUUUUCCUCUUGCUGCCUUGUGCGCUCUUCUUAAUAACAUCAUAGAAAUCAGGAGCGAUGCUUUUAAACUGUGUACCAAUCUUCGUCGACCGUUCGGAGAGCGAGUAGAAAACAUUGGCACAUGGCAGGAUGCAAUGGAAGUCAUGGGAGUGGUGGCAGUAAUGGUCAACCUGGCUUUACUUGGCAUGGGCGGCUCAGUUCAGCGGAUGUUCCCCAACAUGACAGUCACUGACAGGAUCAUUCUCAUCGUUGUGCUUGAGCAUCUUGUUCUUGGGAUCAAGUUUGCGGUUGCUUACGCCAUUCCUGACAUUCCAGAAUGGGUGGAAAAUGAAAUAGCCAAGAUGGAAUUCCAGCGGAGAGAGGCUCUGAAGAGUGCUCCCAGCACACCCAAGAGUCCAAAAGAUCCACAAGCAAAAGCUCACACCCCUGUGUAGUAAGAACACGGGAUAAUUUCUAAGUCAACAGCAGGUCUGAAGGGGAAACCUCUUCAUGUUUAGUUACGACUUCAAACGACCGCAUUGCAGCGUUUAAAGGGAUUUAGGACUUAGACACUUGUUUUAAAAUUAUUUGUACCAAAAAAACUUACAUGUAAAAAAGAAAGAUCGAAUAACUUGUCAACUAACGGGCUAAGUGGGUUUCUGCGUUUUUGUGAUUCUAAUAAUCCAAUGAACCUUUUGAUAGUUAUAGGAAAUUAGACGUUAUGAACUUUAUCGUAAAAAAGUGACUAAAUGACUAGGAAACAUCUUUGGCUAAUGGAAAAUUCUCAAUUAAAUUAUAUAACUGGUUAACUAACGCUAUUUUACGGUGAUCGACAGACGAAGCGAAACUAUCCAAUGCCGGACGAUAAUGACAUCAUGAAGUAAUGACUCGCUACAUUCAGAAACAAAACUUCGGAGCAUAACUAACCCGCUUCCUAACUCACUAUAGAAAAACCUCUAACACUAACACGACAGUGAGACUUAGCAACAAUGCUUGUAUCUCUCCUUCUCUUUGUUAACACAAGACAAUGUUAAUAAAAAAGGAACUAUAAUGUAGCCAUAACUGAAAAGUGAAUUUAACUUCUAUUAUAACGAAAUGAUAACUCGUGUAGCGUUGCUAGAACUAAAGCGUUUCAAAAAUCACUGACAAUUAAUAGACAAAAUUACAUAAACGGAAUACUAAUUCAUUACCAGUUCAAAACUGAUGCACUAAAGAAAAAAACGCGUCACGUUAAUUUCUGUAGUAAAGCUAAGAAUCGACAGUUCCAUUUAUAGAAACUUAAACAUGUAAUAGUAACAAUGCAAAGCAUACUAACGAUAAUGACAGUAAUAAUUAUAAUAAUUAUCACAAUAAUUAGGAUAUAGACGACAAUGAUAACGAUAACGAAGACUACUAACAAAUUUCUCUCAAGGGAAUUUAAAACAUAAUUUUAUCUCGCAUAUUUCCAAACAAUAUCCAUCCUUGAUCACUUUUCAAUACCACAGCUAAUAGAGGAACAACAAAUUAACCAAUAGCUUACUAAUCGUUAGCUGUUAAAAAGUAAUCACAGGCGCGAAUCACUGUAAGACAAAACGAGACGAGCGAAUAAACCUUUUAAAUUAACUGA